GUUCAUAUAUAAUUUGGCAUUCCCCUUCUCAUGUGAUCAAAUUCUUAUUUCCUCUUCUGAUAUAGAAUGGGCAGCAAUUGGCGGUGGAGCUGGUGGUUACUGGUACUAGGAUUGGGGGUGAUGUGCACAACAAUUGUAAGCGCCGGUGCUUCUAAAGGGGAAGAGCCUCUCGUCACCAGAAUCGGUUUUGGAUCGUGCGCCAACCAAAGUGCCCCUCAGCCCAUCUGGAAUGCAAUAAUCGACUUUGAUCCCCAACUUUUUAUUUGGCUCGGUGACAACAUUUAUGGAGACGUUAGACGCCCUUUUAAAUUCUUCGGCGAGGAAAGGACAAUUGGGCCAUGGAAGAAUGUUCCCAGGUUUGUCCCUUCCUCUCAGCAGGAAAUGGAGUCCAGAUACCAUAAAGCUAAGGCUAAUCCUGGUUAUUCUCGUCUUCGACAUACUGCUAAGGUAAUUGGCACCUGGGAUGACCAUGAUUAUGGAUUAAAUGAUGCUGGAAAAGAAUUUACUGAGAAAGUCAACAACCAGAGACUACUACUCAAUUUCUUAGAUGAACCUCACGACAGUCCUCGGCGCAAACAGGAAGGUGUAUAUGCAUCUUAUACUUUUGGCCCUACAAACAGACAAAUUAAGGUUAUUCUCUUAGAUACAAGAUACCACAGAGACCCUUUGCGUAGUGAUGGAAGUUUCCUGGGAAGUUCUCAGUGGACAUGGCUAGAAAAAGAGUUGAAUGGACCCAAAACAGCCAUCACCAUAAUUGGAUCUUCUGUUCAGGUUAUAUCAAAUCUUUCAGCAACCACUGGUCCAUUGUUUUAUUUGGAGUCUUGGGGACGUUUCCCAAAGGAGAGGAAUCGCCUAUUUAAAUUGAUACUAGAUAGUAAGAGAGAAGGUAUCUUUUUCAUUAGUGGGGACGUUCAUUUUGGAGAAAUCUCUCGAUAUGACUGCGCUACUGGAUAUCCACUGUAUGACGUGACCUCAAGUGGACUUACCCAAGCUGUUGAGAAGGCAGUCCGGCGGCCAUUGAAUUUAAUAGUGAGAUUUGUGGCUUGGUUGACACCAACUACAAUGAGAGUAAUGAACCAAAACUGCAGAUUCAGGUCAUGUACAUAUGGCCUGCCCAAUUUUGGAGCAAUUGAAAUAGACUGGAGUGCAACUCCUGUAACCUUGAAGCUUGAAGUGAGGGACACGAAUGGAUACCCUGUCACUGGUGUAAAAUUUCCAUUGUUGGAGCUGCAAUCACUUAGCAUGAACCCUGUGACAUCCAUUAAAUUAGGAAGGCAUAAAAGUCAUUGCUCUCUUGAAGUAAAUUUACCAUGGAUUAUCAGAUACCGCCUGGCAAUUUUAUUCUAUUUCUCUAUGACUGUGUUGCUUCUUGCUGUGAUAGGAUUCGUGUAUGCAGUUGUAUCAGCCUGCAGGCGAUGCUUCCGCAAAUGCAAGUUUGAUUGACCAUGUCUUGAUGGUGACAUUAAGUUUUAGGAUAUAGGUUUCCUCAUCAGGAAACUGAUUUCCGUCCCACUAAUUGGUACAUUAUUUUGAUCUUAGAUGUUUUGGCCUUUUCUGAUAGAAUUAAGCCCUAUUUUUACUAGUUCCACGGCAUUUUCAAAGUCCAGGGAAAUAUUGCGGGUGCUCUCCUCUAUCUCCUCUCUUUCGUUUUUGUUGCUUUUUGUUGGUAACCAGUUAAAUGGUGCAACAUGAGAUAGUAGUUGAGGUUGUAUGAUAUUAGAAGCCCAGUUGCAUAAUUACAGUAAACUUUUGAUUCCUGAAACAA